AUGUCGUCUUUUGAAAAAGAGUUUGUCAAUAUUCUUGAAAAUACAUACAAACACCCCACAAUUGAUGUUUUCCCAUUAUCAACCAAAGUAAACACAUCAAAUUGGAUUUUGAUAUUUAAUGCUACUUCCAGAAUAAUAGAGAUUGUCACUGGAAUUAAUUGGAAAGAACUAUAUCCUAUAUCAUCGAAUGAAGGAUUUCUAGAUGAAAAACAAUUUACAAAAUACUUUGAUGAAUCUUUUGAGAAUGAUGUUGCCAUUAAAGAUCAAAUCCAAAAGAUCAUAAAAGUUGAAUUGGAGUCACAUAUAUUAGAUCAUGGUCAUAUAGUUAAAAGAAAGAAACAACUGCUGGAUUGGCUAAGAAAAUAUUAUAGAAAUCAACUUUCAUCAAUAUCAAAUAUAUCAGAAACAACUUUAAAAUCAUACAAAUUAGAAUUACAAUUAGCAUAUUUAACUUUCUCCAGAAUCCUCAAUACUAUAUUUAAAGAUGGUAUUUGGCUUCAUAUUGAUUCAUUUCAUAAGUGUUACAGAUUUAUUCAAUCCAAUAAGGAUAAAAACCUUCUCCUUUUACCCAAUCACAAAUCUCAUGUUGACUAUAUCAUAAUGCAUUACUUAUUUGUUAGAUUUGAAUUAGAAACACCAAUAGUUAUUGCUGGCGAUAACUUGAAUGUUCCAAUUUUCGGUAAAAUCUUGAAACAUCUAGGUGCUCUAUUUAUCAAGAGAACUUUCCAAAAAGAUUUAGAUUUUUGGUAUUCACAAAAUUUGAAAAAUUUGUUGAAAUUCAAAAUGAAUCAAAGACCCAUAACUAUGGAAUUAUUUAUUGAAGGUACAAGAUCUAGAAAUGGGAAGCUCAUGCAUGGUAAAUCUGGGUUUUUGAAGAGUAUAUUACAAGAAAUCAAAGAUGAAGGAUCUGGAUCAAUUGCCAGUUCUCGUGAAACAUUGGCAAUACCCAUAUCUAUCGUUUAUGAAAAACCAUUAGAGUUUGACGAUUACCUUGUUGAGCUGAAUGGUUUAGAUAAAAAUCAAGAAUCUUUUACAUCUAUCCUAUCAAAUGGAUUAAAAUUUAUGCAAAAUGAUCCAAGAAUAAAUUUUGGUAAGAUUUUUGUCAGAUUUGAUGAUGAUUUCUUAAAAUUUGAUGAUUAUCAAAAUAAAGAUGAAUUUUGUGAUUCUGUAUUAGGUAGAAUUCAAGAUAUCGGGGUUGUUACAGAAAUUUCAGUAUUAGGUAUGAGUUUGUUGCUUCAUUUUUACAAAUUAAAUCAACAAACAACAUUUGGACUUGGUGAAAUUGCACCAAUAUUCAAAAAAUUGUUAACUAAAAUUGUUCAAAAAACAAUUUAUAAUGAUCAUUUAUUACCAUACUUAGACUAUAAUGAGGCUGAAUUAAUCAAAGUUUUCAAACUUUAUAUUAAUAAGUUCUUAGUGGACUAUGUCAAGUUAUACGAGAAUGAUACAAUAAAAGUUAUAGAGGAAACAGCAUUAGUGUAUUAUAAAAACAGUUUAUUGCAUUUUUUCAUCCCAGAGAUAUUCAUGGUUCAGGCUAAUAGGGACCUAAAGACAUUAGAUAUCAUAACUAAAAUAUUUGGUUUUGAAUUUUUAACAAAUAAUAUAAACUAUCAACAAACUGAAAUUGAUGAUAUUAGUCAUGACUUGUUUGAAGGUUCAUUAAAACCAUUCAUUGAAUCUUAUGAACUUAGUUUUAAACAUUUAAUUGGUGUCAUUUCAAUUACUUUCAAAAACUGGGUUCAUUUGAUAUAUAUGUCAAGACCUAAUGUUCAAUAUAAAGAAAGUUUGAACAAGUCUAAUCUAAUCUAUGCAAUCAAUAUUUUGAAAAGAUUAAAAGUUGUUAGAACAAAUAAAGAACAUGAAGUUACCGUCAUUGAUGAAGAAAAGCUAAAGUUGUUGAGCAACUAUUUGGAAGAUCUUCGUUUGGGGAAUGAAAUUAGAGGUCAAGACAAGGUAUUCAACUUGUUCAAUAAUGUCAAGUUAUGA